UUGUAAAGAGAGUCUGAACAACUAUGUAGUGUUGUUGUAAAGUUCUGGGACUCGAGCCUUUGUGCUUUAUUUCUGUUUUAGCAGCGGAAGGACGUCUUCACAUCAAGACUAAAAAUACUGUAGUUUGCUCUAGAGUUUGCGAACGAUUGCGUCAGUUCGGCACGCAAGCAUUUUGCUAAGCGUAUUGAAUUACCAGCUGUUCGUUCGAGCACGUAGAAAAGUUAGCGGUCAUGGUUACGGGCGAUUGAAAACAACCGCCACACAAUGCUAGUCACGUGUUAACAAGUUGAUUGAUAUCUCUCUACAUGUCUUCCAGUAGCACUUCUGUGUAGCCAACUUCUAUGAAUUUUUUUCGCAGUCUUGUAGGAGAACCAAACCAACGGUCAAGAGCGUCUUCAUCUCUCACCGAGGAGACUUCUUCAUUCACGCCUUCCUACUCUCUCUUGCGCACAAGAGAAUCAGAAGACGAAUGCACGUACGAAGAGUUCGACGAAGUCACCAUGGAAGACAUAGGCAAAGCAGAACGUGCACAAACACAAGAGAGAAUGGAAAGCGAAAGAGAUGCCUCACAAUGUGAUGCAACAAACGAGGAGAUUGCAGCACAUGCGACGGAAGAAGAUGAAAACAGUGUUUGUCGUGAGUACGAGCAAGGGACGCCACUCGACAGAGAGACGUGGGCAGGAUUUAGUGAUCAAGACGGGAGAAUUAUCAACGAACUGAAGUUGAGGAAAUGUGUCUUUAGAGGUGGUAUUGAUGAGAGUAUUCGACCGGAGGUUUGGUCGUUUCUUUUUGGUCUUUAUCCUCUCUCUUCGACAUAUAGAGAGCGUGAGGUCAUAUCAGCAGACUAUCAUGUGAGAUAUCGGGCUUUGAAAAGGCGCUGGCAGACAAUGCUGCAUCUUGUUACAUCAUCUGAGGCUGUGCCUUCUUUACCAGACUAUAUGAGUGAUGAGGCGAAUUUCGAAGAAAUUAGUGACAAGACAGAAGAAAGCGGAAAUCAAAGGGCAAGCACAAGUUGCUCAAUAGACUCGAUUGAUUCUAGUGAACGUGAUGACAGCGUAGUAGCUCAUAUUGAUGUCGACAGUGGUGAAAAGUUUGAACAGUUUUCGUUUGCCGAGUUGCAGGCACAGGUGUAUGCUACACGACAACCUGUUGACUUCAAAAAUCUUCACAAAGCAAUCAAACUAAUCGACAAAGAUGUUCCUCGUACUGAUCGAGACCAACCGCUAUUCAGGUCACGUCAGAAUCUCAAAGUAUUACGAGAUGUAUUGAUAACGUAUGCAACGUUUCAUCCUGAGGUUAGUUACGUGCAGGGAAUGAACGAUAUUGCUGGUCGUUUUUUGUAUGUCUUCAAGUCGGAAGUGGAGACUUACUGGAGUCUUGACAGAUACAUUGAUAAGAUAAAAGGUGAUUUUCUACAGGAAACAAUGUUGGCUAAAAUGGCAUUGAUUGGCAAACUGUUGGAAGAAAUGGAUCCAGAACUCUGUAGCUUUCUACAGUCAGUUGAUCUUGGGCACCUUGUUUUCUGUCAUAGAUGGUUGAUCUUAUGCUUCAAACGUGAAUUUAAAUACAAUGAGAGUCUCCAGCUCUUUGAGAUUCUGAGUAGCUGCCACUUGGAGUUAACAUCACUGGAAGCAGAACAAGCCAGAGCAGAAACCAGAAUCGAACAAGUUCUGAAAGAAGAGGGCCAACGGAAUGAGAAAGCAGACCAGGUUGAAAUCCAUCAAGAAUACACGUUUGAUCUCUUUGUGUGUGUCGCAAUAUUGAAAGAACAUCGAGAAGACCUGAUGGCAUGUGCAGAUCAAAACUUGGUCUUUCAAUACAUUAGCAGCUUCGCCAUGAAGCUUGAUGUUGACACUGUACUUGAGAAGAGUCAGGAGCUAUUCUUCUUGUACUGUAAAAAGUCAGUUAUGGACUGUUUCCAACAAGACAGUUGUGUAGAUGGGUCAUCAACAAAGACGUAAUUCAGAGUCCUCCUAUAUAUUUGUUUUGUUAAUAAAUAUACAGUACGUGUAUAAUAUA